AUGAAUUCAAUAGAAAAGAUCGAAAUUUACGAACAGAAUGCCAAGUACAUUCAGGGAUUCGUCGCAGCCGAGGGCACGUUAGAGACACCGAUCGAUUUGGACAUUAGUUACAUGAAAGUGAUCGAUCUGGAACCUUUCGAAUGGCCCGGUAUCGAUGUAACACCGAGAAAAUUGAAAAUUACCAAUACGGGUUUUACAGUAAUUCUGAGCGCAAAAUGGCAACAAGGAUCUCCUUACCUUUGCAAGGGGCCGUUAGAAGGGAAUUACGUGUUCGCGCAAGUUCACUUUCAUUGGGGAGAGAACGAGAUGAGAGGGAGCGAGCACUUCGUUGACGGUGCAAGCAUGCCUAUGGAACUUCAUGUCGUGCAUUACAAAGAGGAAUACGAAACGUUAGACUUAGCACUUCGACGACCUAAUGGCGUUACUAUCAUAGUAUAUUUUUGUAAAAUUGCAGAGUUUCGCACUUUGCACGAUGAAAAAGGCGUACCUAUUCUGUCGAACAUUCGCCCUAUAAAACCAAGACAAGAGAAGAGCGUUUUUCACGUGUCUCCAUCAGGAUCCCUCUACGCGUCCCUUUUACCGCUUCCGCGAGUCGUGCCAUUAACUUUUGCGACUCUUGACGCCAAAGUUUCCGAAUCUCCUGUAUCCGAGACGACCGUGACCGACACUAGCGUCGUCAGUAUCGAGGAAAAUAAUAUUCUCUAA